GACGUGGAAGCUGAAGCUGGGGUUGUGGGAAGACCUCCGGAGCUGGAAGAACCCUGGACUGGUGCGAGGUGCGCGCUGUGCCCCGUGAGGGGAAGGGGACCAGGCUAGUUUUGGUGUCAAAGAACAUUCAAGAUGGCUGCAGCAUCAGGGAAGGGAUCUAUACGAAAAGCAAAAUCAUUUACUAUAAAGACAUCGCUAAAUAACCCAUAUGCUAUCAACUGGAGUGCUCUGGAAAGAGAAGAUAUGCACUUCAUAUUACAGACACUGGAAGAAAGAUUUAAACAUGUUGGACUAAAAAAGAUUGAGAAUCCAAAGAAGAAAAAACGGCCUUUUUCAAAAAGACAAACCAAAGAAAAAGGUGCUGUUGAUAAUGAAGAAGUUCCAAAGAAAAAAGAAACAGAAAUUAGCCAGAAAGUACCAGGAUGGACUCCUGUACAUAUCAGGAAACAACUUGCUAUUGGGAUUAAUGAAGUUACCAGAGCUCUUGAGAAAAAUGAACUUCAUUUAGUCCUAGUGUGCAAAUCUGUCAAACCCGCUAUGAUGACCUCCCACCUGAUUCAGUUGAGCGUCAGCAGAGCUGUACCAGCUUGCCAGGUUCCUCGCCUUAGUGAAAGCAUUGCACCUGUUAUUGGUUUAAAGUGUGUUCUAGCUCUGGGUUUCAAAAAAAACACCGAAGCCUUUGUUGAUGAACUAAAAGCUAUAAUUCCCAGGGUACCUAGUUUACAUGUGCCAUGGCUUCAAGACAACACUAAAGAUUCCCUGGAAGAUACAGAAGGUGAAACUUUGGAAAUCCAAGAUCCAAGUGUUUUAGAAACCUCCUUUGAAGAGCUUACUAAAAAUAAGCGAAAACUUGUUGAAUGUCAGCAAGAUACUUCUGCUGUAACUUUACAGCCCCUAAAAAUAAAGAAACUGAUUCCAAAUCCCAAUAAGAUAAGGAAACCACCAAAAAAUAAAAAAACUACUUUAAAAUAACAUGUGAAACAUAAUUUGUAAAGC